GAGGAGAAAAGGAUCAACUGUAGUUAAACUCAUUUCUGUGGACACAGAGAUAGAGGUAAAGCAUUAACUUUAUUGGGCUUAUCCUGGGUGCCCUCUCUUAUACACACAAUUUCUCUCCAUGUGCUUGUAGGAAUUCAUUGGAAGCUGUAAGAAGCUGAUAUUCCCAGGCCUAAUCAUGGCCUUUGAGGAACUUCUACAACAGGUUGGUGACUGUGGAAGGUAUCACAUUUUCACUACUGUUCUUUUAAUACUCUUGGGGAUGCUGUCAUCCCCGCACGACUUCAUGGAGAACUUUACAGGAGCCAUCCCUGCCCACCAUUGCUCUGUCCACCUCCUUGAUAAUCCCCAAUUGGAAUUCAACAUCACCACCAACCUAACCGCCAAAGCUCUGCUAAGGGUCUCCAUCCUACUGGACCCAAACCAGAACCCUGAACAAUGUCGUCGUUUUCACAAGACCCAGUGGCAACUCUUAAUUCCCAAUGUGACAGCAGCCAUGAAUAUCACUGAGCUGGAGACAGAGCCAUGCCUGGAUGGGUGGACCUAUGACCAAAGUGUCUUCACUUCAACCAUCGUUACUGAGUGGGACUUGGUAUGUGAUUUUCAGUCAUUCAAAUACUUUGCCCAGACCAUCACCCUAGCAGGGCAUUUGGUGGGCACUCCCAUAUCUGGCAUCCUUUCUGACAACUAUUUCCACAGGUUUGGAUGGAAACCAUUGUUGGUUGCUACUGCCCUAGGUUUUGGGAUCCUGGGCAUUGCCUGUGCAUUUGCACCUUCCUUUAUCCUUUACUGCUUUUUUAAAUUCCUGAUGUCUGCCUGCCUGAGUGCCUUUCAAAACAGUAGCAUAAUAAUUCUUUUAGAAGGGACUUCUCAAAAAUGGUACCCUAGAGUUGCAACAGUGAAAGGAUUGUCUUGGAGUGCUGGCCACGCGUUACUUGCAGGACUGGCUUAUGCUAUUCGAGAUUGGCACAAGCUCCAAUUGGCCAUAAGCUUGCCCUUCUUCAUUCUGUCUUUCUUUGUCUGUUGGGUCUCAGAGUCAGUCCUCUGGCUCAUGACAAAUGGCAAAACAGAACGUGCCUUAAGAGAACUGCAAAGAAUUGCCAAUAUCAAUGGGAAGAAAGAUGUUGCACAAAGUCUGACUACCGAGAUGAUAAGAUUCAACAUGAAGGAAAGACGCAAUGAAACUAGAAGUCAUUGUAGAAUAACAGAGGUUAUUGUCAACCCCACAGUGUUUAGGACAGCACUGUUUAAAUGGAGUUUUUUGUUUGCAGGAUUUUUCAGCUAUUAUGGCCUCUUGCUGGAUAUUCGGGUUUUGGGAACGGACAUAUUCAUGACGCAGUUUCUACUCGCAGUUACAGACUUUCCCAGCAAAUUGGCCUCAUAUUUUAUAAUAAGACAUGUCAAGCGGCGCCCUUCAGUAGCUUUUUUACUUUGUAUGAUGGGAGGCUCUAUUAUAGUCAUCAUAUUUGUGCCUAUAGAGAUGAACAUACUGCGCCUUAUUAUUUUUCUCUUUGGAAAAGCUUGCUAUUCAUCCUUCUCUGUAUUAUGUACAGUUUUUACUACUGAGCUGUCACCAACAAUACUCAGGUCAACUCUACAGGCCUUUUAUAUUUUUUCUCUCAGAAUAUCAAUGACUUGUGCUUCUUUAGUGCUUGUAACUGGAAAAUACUUUGUCCAUCUUCCCAUGAUUCUCUAUGGGGUCCUUCCCAUAGUAGCCUUAACAAGCCUCUACUUCCUACCAGAGACCUACAAUCUUCCACUUCCUAACACCAUCAAGGACCUGGAGAAAAGAGAGGCCUACCAAUUGUCUGUGAGUUUAAUCACAGCACUGUUUCCAGAGCAACAAAAGCAUUUGAAAGUUAUUAAUGAAUCAUCCAUAUAGUACAACUUGUGAAGCUGUUCUCACAAGUUAUCAAAGAUACUAAAUUCUUCCCUUGGAUUUAUUAUUAAUUCCCUUGGCUUGACAAGGACCGAGCCCCUAAUAAAGCCAGAUACAGAAAUCAAAGAGAGGAAAUUUGGAUUUCACUAAGGGAGAAAAAGAAACAAAGAACAUUACUCCAUGGGAUGACUAUGUAAUAUAUGAAAUGGUAAAAGAAAAGAGUGGCAGUUAUAAAGUGAAAAUUCAAUUCAGCCUAUUUUAUAUCCUCUAGAAUUUAUUUG